GUCUCCAGAAGGACACCGGCUUCAUCUCACUCUCCGCAUGAGCCUCCUCCACACUCUCGCUCUGCCCGCAGGAUGAAGAGUCCACACUCGCUCCGGCUCUCUCUGCUCCUUCUGCUGCCUCACAUCCACCUCGCAAGACAAUCCGAUUUUGCUCCUUACUUCUAUGACAAUGGCCCCAGCAGCACCAGUGGGAACAUGGCGCUGUUCAGCAUUGCUGAAGACACACCAGUGGGAGCUCAGGUAUACACUCUGAAUGGUACUGACCCUGAGGGAGACAGCGUCAGGUAUGGCCUGACCUUCGAAAAAGGUUCUAAAGAGUACUUCCGGGUUGACCCUAAAUCCGGCAGGGUCACUCUGAUCUCAGAGCUGGACCGAGAGGUAGAGGAUGAAAUAGCCGUGCUUGUCAGCAUCACUGAUGGCAGGAAUAAGGUGGUCGAGAAAGGAAGAGUGUUUGUCACAGACGCUAACGAUGAAAAGCCUGAGUUUCUAAACCUGCCCUUCAUCGUCAGUGUCCCUGAGGAUGCUGAAGCAGGGAGCAGCAUUUUUAAAGUUCAGGCUGUGGAUAAAGACCUGGGCUCUGGGGGGAGCGUCACAUACUUCUUACAGACCACUCCCAAUACCAAGUUCACCAUUGAUGGCCAUAGCGGAGUCCUUCGCAUCAAACCUGGAGAAUAUCUCGACUACGAGACCUCCAAAACGCAUUUUGUCACUGUGGUUGCUAAGGAUGGUGGUGGCAAAUAUAAUGGAAAACAUCAAGUAAUGACCUCUUCAGCCACCAUAACCAUCAACGUCCUCGAUGCCCAGGAUGCUCCUCCUACUUUUGUAGGAACGCCAUAUUUUGGAUAUGUCUACGAAGUCUCAGUCCCUGGGUCAGAGAUCUUCACCGUUUUUGCCAAGGACGGAGAUCAAGGCAACCCCAACGCUAUUCAGUACUCUAUUGUUAAUGGCAGCGAUGGCUCCUUCAGCAUCAACAGCUCAAGUGGCUGCAUCACCUUGACAACAUAUCCCAUCCAACUGAAAAAUGAGUUGUAUGAACUUCAAGUCAAGGCCUCAGAAGUUGGGCCAGAAAACCAGUUGCUUGACUACACCAUCACCAUGGUGACUAUUCGCGUGGUGGACCUCAACAACCACCCACCAACAUUUUAUGGUGAGAAUGGGCCACAGAACAGGUUUGAACUGACCAUGUAUGAGCACCCGCCCGAAGGGGAAAUCCUCCGAGGCCUGAAGAUUACGGUCAAUGACUCUGACCAGGGGGCAAAUGCUAAGUUCAGACUGAGGCUGGUGGGACCUGGUCGAGUUCUUCGUGUGGUCCCUCAAACAGUGCUUAAUGAAGCCCAAGUCACCGUUAUAGUAGAGAACUCAACUGCCAUCGACUAUGAAAAAUACACAUUUUUAUCAUUCAAGCUGUUAGCUGUUGAAAUUGACACGCCGGAGCGUUUCAGCGCCACAGCAGACAUCAUAAUCCACCUCCUGGACACCAAUGAUAACACCCCCAAGUUUUCCACUGACUUUUACAUCGCCAGGAUCCCUGAGAACUCACCUGGAGGCUCCAAUGUCGUAUCUGUCACUGCCACAGAUCCGGACUCAGGCCUGUGGGGAGAUGUGAAGUACUCCAUCUAUGGCUCAGGAGCUGAUCUGUUUCUGAUCCACCCCACUUCAGGAAUCAUCUACACUCAGCCGUGGGCCACUCUGGACGCUGAAGUGAAGUCCAAGUAUAAUUUCUAUGUGAAAGCAGAAGACACUGAGGGUAAAUACAGCCUGGCGGAAGUCUUUGUCACUGUGCUGGAUCUAAAUGACCACCCUCCAGAGUUUGAUGAAAACUUCCUGGAGAAGACCAUGAUCAUCGGAGCCCCUGUGAAAGUAGAGGCGGUGGACGACGAUGCAGAAGAACCAAACAACGUCAUCGAGUACUCCAUCAUGAAGGCGGACCCCGAAAACGUUUUCGACAUCAACACUAGCACAGGCGAGAUCAAGCUCAAACCGUUCAUCAAGUCCAUGGAGAUCGUGCAGAACAUCACCAGGCAGAAAGACUGCAAGUGGUCCGUGGUGGUCCAGGCUCGAGACCGCGGAUCGCCGUCUUUCACCACCACAGCUGUAGUGAAGAUUGACAUCACUGAGGCGAAUCCUCUCUCGGGCCCCAUGGCGGCCUUUUUAAUGCAAAGUAGGGACAAUCCGUUGAAAGCCCUAGGCAUGGUGGCCGGGGUCAUUAGCGUAAUGGUAAUGGUCACGGUGUUGAUCUCGACGGCCAUGUACAUGCGCAACACAAAGUCCAACAGGAUCGCGCCGGCCCAUCGCAUCAUCCGCCGCAGACGCAGGGAGCAGCAGCAGUGGAACUUCAAAACGCCCUUCGGCCAGUCUGACAGUCCUGACAAGGUAGUGGUCGACGACGUGGAGAGCAGCACUGCCAACCGCAACAAGAACAACAACAGCUCGUGGCCCAAGCCACCCCCACCCACUGCGCCGGUCCUGCCUCCGCCACCGCUGGCCAAUCCCAGGGUCACUGAGCGUCAGAGGUCGGCGGUGCCCACCAUCUCUGGGUCACUGACCUCUAGGAGCUGCAGCCGCACCUCCAGCCAGAAAUCCCUCACUAGCAAAGAUACAGAAGACAGGCCCAGCCAGAGCAAAGAGGGAAACGUCAGCUCAGCGCUGGUGUCAGAGCUGAAGAAAAAGCUGGAGCAGAAGAUCAUCGAGGCAAACCAAGGCUAUUACUACUACUGAGGCCAGUGGCUUAGCAUAGAUGCUAACUACUGAAGCCAGUGGGUUAGUGUAGAUGCUAUUGGACCUGUCGGGACGGUGGAGUUUGGACUCUUUGAUGUGAAGCACAUGCUGAACGUCCUCUGUUGGAAUGGAAGUGCAGGAUUACAGGACUGCAGCGGGAUUUUGUGCAGAAAUGUCUGCUGGGGAGGAAAAUGGAUGUUGAAAGUUGCUUUUCCUUAAUGAUGGACCGUCAAAUAUAUAAGCUUCUAUAACAUGUAGGAACAUAGAAAACUAUAAAAUAGCUUAAAAGUGAUAUGCAAAGGCUUGAAAUCUCUUGGAGAAAAAUGAAAUGAAACAAAGGUGCAGUGGAAUAACUAGGAUUGGAGAUUUAGAGGCAAAAACAAGGAAAACAGAAUGAAGGAUAAGGAAAUCAUACAUUUAAAUGUGAAUUAAAAUAGUAUCUGCUAGUUUUUUUCUCUCGUACAGUCCGUGUGCUUAAUCCCUCCAGCACAGUCAGCUUACAGAGCAGCACUACAGAAGUUAUUUAGGCAGCUUGAGACGAGCGCUCCUGAUUCUUGAGUAGCUCGACGCUGUGCUGCCAUCUUCAGGUGAAGGUAGACCUUUAGAUUAAUGAUAGCUGGAUGGCGUUCUCACUCACAU